AUGGCCUUUCUCAUUAAUUCAAAGCAAUAAAGAGUGUUGAGAUAAACACUUCUUAAAUCCUAUUUGUCCUCAAGCUCAAAUGGCUAGAGAGAAUAAAUGGUACUUUACAGAAAUCUAGCUAGGGCCUUCUCCGGUCAAGUGAAAGAGCAAAAGAUAAUUGAUACAAACCAAGUGAGAAAGGUGAAAAAGGUAUUUAAAGAUGAAUUCAUGGAACUUACUAAAUUCAAGCUUUCAAUGCUCAACUCAAUGGCUUCUUACACAAUGUUUCUCUUUCAUGCUCCUUUGGCUGGCGUCGGAUUAAUUCCAAGUUUAACUUUCUUAUUUGCAACAUAAACAAUAGCAAUGUCAACAUAGUGCUUUGGUCAGGUGAAAGAAGCACAUCAAGAUUCUAUGAUGGUGAGGACUCACAAUAGACCAAUUCCAAAAGGCACUAUUAGUUCGAAGAGUGGUUGCAUGAUUGGAACUGGUCUAUCAGUCGCCUCUUUUCUUGCCUAUUCAUAAUUCGCUCCAUAUACAUGGAUUGUUUCAAACAGUAUUUGGUUUUCAUAUUUGUGCAUCUAUCUCCCAAUGAAGUAAACCUCCCCUUGGAAUACAUUCUGGGGAGCUAUUGUUGGAGCUUUACCACCUCUGAUUGGAUCAAUGGCACAGUUAGGAACACCAUUUUCAACUGAGGCUUUAUUACUCUCAGCAUAUAUCUUCUCUUGGUAAUUCCCUCAUUUUUAUGGUAUCCUCUACGAGAAUAAAGAUGAUUAUAAAAAGGCUGGCUUUAAAAUGAUAUCAAACGAGGAUCCCAAGGGAAAGUAAGCCUUCUAUCAAAUCUCAGCUUGCAGCAUAUUCAACACAAUAGUUCCUUUAGGAAUGUACAGUACUGGAAUGAUAAGUCCUGUAUUUCUAGCCCCAUUCUAUGUUUAUCAAGCCAAGUAUCUUAUAUCAGUCUGGGACUUUAAGGUAAAAGAGGCUAGUCCGUAGAGUGCUAAAAAAUUAAAGAAAGAAGCAUAUAUGCCCUUUAUUGUUCUAUUGCUAGGAUUUAUGGCAAGCACCGGAUAUAACAGAUAUAAAAAGAGAAGUGAAAAUGAAGUUCUUAAUACAACAAAACCAAUAAAUGAGAAUAGCCUAGCAUGA